AUGUCUCGUCGUCGAAUAUCGCACAGCGAGAUGAAUGAGGCACUCGCAUAUCCCUUCAUGCAAUCCGGCCAUUCCAACGGUCAAUUAAACGGCCAACCCCCUCGUCGAGGUCCUAUCGAAGGUCCCAAUGGCCGUCGUCUCAUCCGUCGUGUCACAUGGCGCUCCUCAACCUACAAGCUCAUGGCGACCCUCUGGGUCCUGGCCGUCCUCUAUAUCGUCUGGCUAGUCCGUGACCUCUUCUUACCCUUCACUUCCGACUCCGAAACCCCUCCGCAACCCGACCAAAAAUAA